AUGAUCCCCCGAAGGCGCGUGGUAUGUGCGACAAGGCGACCUGUCGUGGAGCUUCCAAAGAAUGGAAUAUGGGACUAUCAAGAGCAGGAGCGUACGGUGGUACCUUGGACACGCCUGCCUCCAGAGAUCCGCCUGAUGGUCCUUGAGCAAGUUCGAGAAUCAGCAAAGGGCCAGCUAGCAUCAAGGGGGAAACGAACCUACGAGAUGUCGAUCUAUGCCACUGUCUGUCGAGAAUGGCAGAGCUUCUUCGAGAAGGAGAACUUCAAACGCUUGAUCCUACACCAGUCCGACAUAUUUCUGUUCGGCGCAUUCACGCAUGGCCAACAGCAGCGCAGAGCCUGGAUAGAAUGGAUAUGGUUGCGCAUAGAACUUCCACAGUACGACUGCAAGAAGUGUCAAAAAGCAGAAACACUUGACGAGAUCAGAAACAACAAUAUUGUGUUUACCAAGGCAGUUUGGGGUCUCUUCAACAUAUUGUCAACUUGGGAGAGAGAUCUCAGCUCGGUUCAUCCCUACAAAGGACUACGCCUUGAGCUUGGGGUAUACUCUCCAAGCGAUGCGACCCAUUUCUGCAAGGAGCUGCAAUGCCGUGUCAACGAUACCUCGUGGAGUAAUAUUAUCGGGAUUCAAAAUAGAGGCUUCCACGACAAGGCUCAUGGUUGGAGAGAAGAGCGACAACUUCGUCCAACAGGCGAUGCAUUGAGAAGAGUUUUUGGGCCUUCAUGUGGAUUAGCAUUCGACUUGCGCAUAUCAACUGCCCGCCAACUUGAGAAGGUCCUUCCAAAGGUCAAUAUCAUCACAGUCUUGGUCAUUCGACGCCAGUUCUACCGACACUACUCUAUAUCCAAAGCUUUGCAACCUAUCAUCCAAAGCCUACCACAACUCUUCGACAUCAGAUACGAACACUGGCGGGACCCGGAGGGAGAGGAUGGUCUGGCAGUACGAGAUGCAGAACAUCACAUCCUAUUAUCUAUGCUCCGUGCCCAAACAAACUUACGGAGAUUCCGGAUCUUUGAGGAUUUCAGACCACUCUAUCACGGCAAGGAAGACAGGAAAUUCUGCCCUUCUUUGGGACAGGCCCUUGCAGAAUCAAGCCAGCACCUCGACGAGCUACUUGUUACCUUUAGCAUUGAUGCAAAGGACUUCUUUUCUCAAGUCUCUGGAGAGAUGAUGUGGCACAACCUGAGGCUUCUAUCUUUAACCACACCUGCACUCAGUCCUCUGCGUCAUGAUCAGCUUAUUCAAGAGGCAGCAAAAAUAAUCCCAAGAAUGCCUCAGCUCAAGAUAAUGGAGCUCUGGCAUAUUGGGCAUUAUUUUGCCUGUGUCUUUGAAUAUUCCUUAGGCUAUCCCAGUCUUCGGCCUUCGAUACGGCUUCUCAGCACAUGGGAUGGGAAGCUUAGUGCAGAGGCAAUCUCAUGCUGGAAAGAAGUUACGAAUGAACACCGCGGCGAGCUCCGUUCAGAGUCGGUGUGGCUAGAUCCAAAGAAAGCUCGGUCUCAUUUCGCCAUCAUGCGCCUUUUGCUUGUGCGGCGGCGGGUCGUACAUAGCACCUCUUAUGAGCAACUUCGAUCAUCACGCCAUGAGAACCGGUUCUGUAGAGCAUGA